AUGCAUCACAAUCCCUUUCACCAUCAUGGACAUCAUGAACCGCGUUUUUGCCUCCCUUCGAUCCAGCCCCUUUAUGACGUAAAUGCUGCUUAUGUUGUAGAGCACCAGACACUACUAAGUUCGGUCAUUCAAAUCGGUCUCCCUGGAGCUCCACUCGCUAAACCCGUGAUUGUAACCUUUCCACAUUGUGCCAACAUGACGGGACAGAGCGCCUGGUCCUUCAGCAUCCAUUGCUACUGCAGUACUUCUGGCUUCGACUCCAUUUACAAGGGCUCCGAUUCCUCCACCAUAGAGUGGUCAUGGAGGGAAGUAGCCCAAGUGGGUCAGGAACAAGCACGUGACCCAAUACACUGCCAUCUGAGUGGUAGCCAGGCGCACCUCAUGACCCAAUAUCCGCUGCGUUUCUGUCUCAUCGGUCAGGCGGCGACUUUUGCGCCAACUAGCCCAAACCUCCUUCUUGUGGGUGCUGCUCGAAUGGGCAUCUCCACAGACUGUAGUGAGAAUCACAGUGGAAGUAGUAUGGCGACAGAGACAACCAAUGACACCCUUCCACCAGCUAUUCCUCCACCUCUUUCAAAACGUCUACGACUUAUCGCCUUUGCAAGUAGAUUUACAAGCUCCACAGACUGUAGUCUACGAAUCUAUGCCGUCCUUGAUACUGUGGAUGCUGUGCGGCACGUCAAGGACAUUGAGACCAAAUUGGAUGGUCAGUUGAUUGGUGGUGGCAAACAGAUGUUGUUCAAGAACAGUGCCGGUGGACUGGUAUUCCGGAUUCAAGAAUUAUCACCUCACUGGAGAACAAGACUGUCUUGUCAGGUUUGUCCUUUGCUGCCUUCUUUUUGCCAUUGA